UAUACUUUUAUCUUCAACUUUAUUCCUAUUAUCUUUACAACUAUCCUCAACUGUAUUCCUAUUAUCUUUACCACUAUCCUUAACUGUAUUCCUAAUAUCUUUACAACUAUCCUUAACUGUAUUCCUAAUAUCUUUACCACUAUCCUUAACUGUAUUCCUAAUAUCUUUACAACUAUCCUUAACUGUAUUCCUAAUAUCUUUACAACUAUCCUUAACUGUAUUCCUAAUAUCUUUACAACUAUCCUUAACUGUAUUCCUAAUAUCUUUACAACUAUCCUUAACUUUAUUCCUAAUAUCUUUACAACUAUCCUUAACUGUAUUCCUAAUAUAUUUACAACUAUCCUCAACUGUAUUCCUAUUAUCUUUACAACUAUCCUUAACUUUAUUCCUAAUAUCUUUACAACUAUCCUUAACUUUAUUCCUAAUAUCUUUACAACUAUCCUCAACUGUAUUCCUAAUAUCUUUACAACUAUCCUUAACUGUAUUCCUAAUAUAUUUACAGCUAUCCUCAACUGUAUUCCUAUUAUCUUUACAACUAUCCUUAACUUUAUUCCUAAUAUCUUUACAACUAUCCUUAAC